AUGUCUCUAGCUCAACUCAAGGGUGCCACUGCUUAUCUUGUUGACUCCCAAGGCAUUAGUGUCAAAGCUGCAGCUGAAGACCAAGAUGAGGAGGUAGAAUCCCUCCUCAAUAGCUUCGACGUCGACAAUAAGGCUGCCUGUGGCAUGCUGCGCAUCAGCACAAAUGAAACUAACACCCUGUCAUCGAAACAUAAGAGGACACCUGCUGCUGUCCCAGUGCACCAUGACCAACUGUCAGCAAGCCUUGAAACAGCCUCAGCAGGUGUCAUUGUUGACACCACUCUGUCAGAUUAUCAGCGGUACUGGAACCAAUUCAAGGACUUUUGUGUCACUAUAAACAAGGUUGUGUUGGCUGACGAUGUUGAUGGUCUCUAUCCUAAUCUUCCUGCUGACUUUCCCAUGUGGAUUGCACUCUGGAUAAUGGACAAGUGA